AUGAGUUCCAAAAAAAAGUCUACAAUUAUAUUGUCCCACUCGGGUAAAGAAGAUGUAUCUGUAUCUGCAGAGAAAGUAGAAAUGCCCAGAAGGGAGAUGAGUUCAAAUGAUAAUGUUAAUAAUAAUGAGAAGAAGAAAAGCAUAUUAAGUUAUUUAAGUUUGAAAGGAUAUGAUAUGCCAUCUUCCUUAGAUGACCUUUUGAAAAAGAAAGAAAUAAGAUUGUCCUCAGAACAGAAAACACCCUUUAAUAUAAAUAGGAGUGUGUUAUUAUUUGUAUAUUUUAUAUUAAUAGUAUUAACAAAUCGUUUAUUUUUUGGAUGGCCUAAUUUAUCAAAUUUAUUGUUUAGAGAAGAUACUUAUAUAUGGAAAUGUCAAAAAAAUGAGCAUGGAGAAUAUGAUAGAUUUGAUGAUAAAAGAUAUUCAUGUGAUGAACAAGAUAAAGCUGUACAAACAAUAUUUAUAUUUGGUUCUUCUGCUUAUUUUGCAUUUUCAUUUUUUAAUGGAUUAAUAGUAGAUUAUUUAGGUUCACGUUUUAGUAUGUUAUUAGGACAUAUAUUAAAUUUAAUUGGAUGGGUAUUAAUGUUAAUGUCAAAUGAACAUUUUGAUGCUUAUGUAAUAGGAGGAAUAUUUAUGUCAGCAAGUAUUGAUUUAGCAUCCUUUUCUACGUUAAAUGCAUCAGGAUUAUUUCCAGGGAAUGAGAAUUUAAUAGUGAAUAUAAUAUCUGGUGCAGGUUCCUUAUCUACUGGUACCAUGACUAUAUUAGAUCUUAUAAUAACUCGUUAUAAUUUACCUUUCAAGACAUUUAUGCUUUGGUAUAUGUGUAUCAGUGUAUCGUUUUUCUUUUUAUUGACAAUUUUUUUAUUUCCCAAAAAUAGAUAUUAUAGACAAUAUGAAUUCGAUAAUUAUUAUAAUAAUAAAGAAAUGGACUUAAAGGAUUAUGAAGAUUUUCAUAAUAGUACGAAGAAAAUAUAUGACCAGGAUAAGAAAAAAGAUGGACAUCAAUAUAAUAACAAUGUAAAUAGUAGUGUUGGUGUUAAUAAUAGUUUAGUUGUUAAAAAGCAUGAAGGUGGAAUAAAGAGAAGAGAAUUAGAAUUACAAAAUGUGAAUUCUUCUAAACAUGUAUUUAAUGAUUUAGAAAAUAAUGAUAGUAAAAAAGAUGAAUAUGCUGCAAGUACAAAUAAUAGUAGUAAUAUGGUUAAGAGCAAGUUGAAUAUAUUUAAUUCACCGACAGUUAAAGAUUUAAUUAAAAUAUUUACAUGUGCACAUUUUGUAUGUUUAUGGAUAUAUGGACCGUUAAAUGCUAUAUAUAAUACUUUUUAUUUUAGUGUCGUAGAAAAUAUAUUAUCAAAAGAUAAAAAUGAUAUUUUAGGAUAUAUCUUACCAUUUUCCUUUAUACCAUGUGUCUUAUUAGGUAACUUAUCGGAUAAGUUUGGAGUUAUGCUUAUGUUUACAUAUGAAUUAAUGUUUGCCUUCUCUAUGUAUGCCUUUAGUUAUAUUAAAUCAAACUGGGCUCAGUGGAUAUCGGUUAUAUCAAACGCAUUAUAUUCAGCAUGUGCAAAUGGACAAUUGUGGACAUUCAUUUCUUUUACUUUUAGUUCGAAAUAUCAUUCUACAUUAAUAGGUUUCUUGAACCUAGUGUGUGGUGUGGUAUCUUUUGUGCGUCUCUCCUUAUUUGAGUGGGCUAAAUAUGCGAACUAUGAUUUUACAUAUAUCAAUCUCUUUAUAUUAGCUUUGAUAGUAGUAAAUAUAGUGGUAGUCAUAUGUAUGGUGUUUAUAAGGCGAAUCAAGGGAGAGAAAGUAACCUAUGGAGACGACGGAUCAUCAAAGUAG